CUUUGGCGCUGGAAGUCGGGGUGGCUGUGGCCGCCGCCAUCUGAGCGGCGGUCACCCAGUGUUUGCGCGCUCCUCCCUUUCCGCUCUUCCUCCGCCUCGGCCUCCUCCCCUCCUCUUAUCCCCUCUCCCCCCGCACCUGCUCCUCCCCUCCUCUUCCUCCUCCUUCUGCUCCUCCUCCUCCUUCUCUUCCUCCGCCUGCUCCCGCUCCUCCUCCUUCUCUGAGCUCCGGACGUCCUGCAGCGUUGUGGAUAAUUCAAAAAUGGCAGAACUUUUCAUGGAAUGUGAAGAAGAAGAGUUGGAACCAUGGCAGCAGAAAGUAGAAGAAGUUCAGAAUAAAGAUGAUGAUGAUGAAUUGAUCUUUGUUGGAGAGAUAUCAAGUUCUAAACCAGCCAUUUCAAAUAUUUUGAACAGAUGUAGCCCUGGCUCAUCUUCAAAGGGACUAAAGAAUGACUCACUCAAUCCAGCUAUUUCAAAUAUAUUCAAACCUGCAAAUCGACACUAUAGAAAUCCAUCACCUAAUCCAGUGGCUGCUUUGCCUAGAUUUCAUCCUGAAUCCAAAUCUUCAGAGAGUUCUGGUGUUCAGACUGUGUCUAAACCUAGUUUUUCAAAGACUUCAUCACAAGAUGAUCCAGGUGCUUCUUCUCUCUUACAGUUAGACUCAACCAAGGAUACACCAUCCUCCAGCAUACUGAAAAAGAGGACAGAAGGUAUCGAUCAAGUUUCAUUAGGAUUAAAACAUCCUUCUUCUUCCAAAGUAAACAGUGUUAAUCCAAAAAAGCCAAAGACCAAUACAAGUGUUUCUGAAGCAAGUCCUUCCUCUUCAUCAUCUUCAAGCAAUUCUCCUUCAGAGGCUUCCUCCCAGGUUAUAGUAGCAAAUGAAAAUACCUCAUCAAUUCAGUCUGAAACUGGAGCACCUUCACUAAGAUCUUGUCCAAAGUGCAGUGUUAAGUUCAGUUUUUUGGAUCCUUUGAAAUGCCACAUGAAGAAUUGCUGCCCAGACAUGAUAAAUAAUUUUCUGGAGACUCUUAAGUCAGAACAUUCAAGGGCUGAAAACAAAGCUAACAUUGACGCGGAUAAAGAAAAAUUGAUCAUGCUAGUUAGUGAUUUUUAUUAUGGAAGACAUGAAGGAGCUAUUGAGGAAGACCCGAAGACUCACACAACUUUUAAAUGCUUCAGUUGCUCCAAAGUUCUUAAAAAUAAUAUUAGGUUCAUGAACCACAUGAAACACCACUUGGAACAUGAAAAACAGAACAGUGAGUCCUGGGAAAACCAUACUACAUGCCAGCACUGCUACAGGCAGUAUCCCAAUCCCUUCCAGCUACAGUGCCACAUUGAGAGUACGCACACUCCUCAUGAUUUUUCUACUAUUUGCAAAAUCUGUGAAUUGUCAUUUGAAACAGAGCAUAUGCUUUUACAACAUAUGAAGGACACUCAUAAACCUGGUGAAAUGCCAUAUAUUUGCCAGGUUUGCCAGUUUAGAUCGUCAAUAUUUUCUGAUGUAGAAACUCACUUUAGAUCAUCCCACGAAAACACUAAGAACUUACUAUGUCCAUUUUGUCUCAAAGUUAGUAGAAUGGCAACCCCUUAUAUGAAUCAUUACAUGAAACAUCAGAAUAAAGGAAUACAUCGUUGCCCAAAAUGCAGACUACAAUUUUUGACCUGCAAGGAAAAAACAGAUCAUAAGUUAGAACAUCGUACAUUUAUAAAGCCUAAAGAACUAGAAGGAUUGCCUCCUGGAACAAAAGUUACUAUUCGAGCUUCAUUUGGAUCUGUUCAGUCAAGAUCGUCAAGCCCACCUUCGAGCCCUAUUCCAAGUACUUCUCUUCAAGUCUCGUCUCCAACGUCUAAAAGUACAACUACUAAAAGUACAACUGCUAAAAGUACAACUGCUAAAAGUACAACUGCUAAAAGUACAACUACUAAAAGUACAACUACUAAAAAUAACACAAAAUUAUCUGCAAAUAAAAGUAAGAUAAGUAAGGCUCAGACAGUUUUAAGCACGACGAUAAGUAAACCCAAUACAAGUAAAUCAGGUACAGGUGCAACUAAAUCCAAAGCCAAGCCAUCCUACAAGCAGAAGAAACAGCGCACCAGGAAAAACAAAUUCAGUAUAGCUUUGAAGAACUUGAGAUGUCACCACGGAAUUCACACGUGUAUGGAGUGCCAUUCCAAAAUAAAAGAUUUUUCAAGUCACUUUUCUACACACAUAAAUUGUGAUUUUUGCAAGUACACCACUAACUGUAACAAAGCCUUUACCAAUCAUAUGAGCUCUCAUAGUGACCACCCAAGUAAACAGUUUUAUAUUUUUAAGAAACAUUCAAGAGCAAUCAGGGGCAUCACUCUAGUGUGCCUUAAAUGUGACUUCCUAGCUGAUACUUCUGGCUUAGAUCGUAUGGCUAAACACUUAAAUCAACGUAAAACUCAUAGUUGCCAAGUUGUAAUAGAAAAUGUUACUGAAAGAACUUCUGAAUCCACUUCUGAAUCCAGAUGCAACACAGAAAUUUCAAAAAAUGUCCAGUGUACUCCUGGACAGUGUCCCCCUUCGAUGGACACAACUGAUGCCUGUUCUCUCUUUCCAAGGAAUGUGAAUUGUUUGACUGUGAGACCUGUUUCAAUUUGUGGUCUUGGGAAUUUAUCAGUUCUUAGGCACAGUCCUUUCCUACCUGACUGGCCUUACAUAAGGCUGAUGUUGAUUUGGCCAUCAGUGACUUCAAGGGCCAACAAAUUGAGCACAACUUCUCUCUGGGAGCUUUGGUUCUUAAGUUUAGGCUUAUGAAUUGAUUAUAACCAUGAAACUCCAUCAAGUAAGUGCUUCAACAUCCAAGUUCAAGUUUAAUCAUUCUGGCUGUACCCUUUUAAUCUUCCUCUAGCAUGAAUGCAGUCUGAGGUAUAUGAAAAGCCUGAUUGUGUAGGGAGUGGAGAUGACUUUGAUUUUCUUGGGAAAGCAAACUUUGUGAAGUUCUAGCUCAAAAGUAAGUUAUUUAUGUUGGUUGUCCUUUAAAGUUUUAGCCAGUAUUUCACGAGUUCUCAGCAGUGCUAGCAUUUAAAUUCCUAAUUUUUAGAAAAUUAAAGUUUGAUAGAUUGAUUUUUGUCAUUCACCAAAUUUAUUGAUGUCUACUUUGUAUGUCAACUUUUGUGAUUUCUGAUUAAAUCUUUUGUUUUGUGUUUGUUAAAAAUGCCAAGAAAUUUCUUUAGUAUUUUCUUCAGAUUUCAUGCAGCUACCUGUUGGUAGUUUCUUUCUUUUUUUCUUUUCUUUUGGUUUUGGUUUUUUGAGACACGGUCUCUACUAUAUAGACCAGGCUAACCUUGAACUCACAGAUUUCCACCUGCCUUGGCCUCCUAGGUGCUGGAUUUAAAGGCAUUGUGGUACUUGUUCAGGUCAUUAGACAUGAAUAUAUGCUCUGUCUAUCUUGAGACUCUCAGUACAUCUUAGGGGUAAGGAAUUCUAAGACAAGAGCAAACACUCCCCUUACAAAUUUUAAAACACAUUUGAAGUUACAUUGCUAUUCACUUAGUAGUUGUCUCCUUAGCCAUUAAUGUAAUUCCUUUAGAUAAAGAUAAUAUAUUCAAAAAUAUUGGGACCAAAAAAUGCACUUGUUUCUUGCCCACAUAUAUAUAGAGAAAGAUGUAUAUUUUUUUAUUUUGGUGUUUGUUUAUUUUGGUUACAUCAAAUAUAGAUUUUUCUGAACAGUUUUGAUGUUGCUUAUUUUUUUAAUAAAAUUUGUAUUGUUAAA